AUGUCUAUAAAAUCGAGGUCCUGGAACCCCAAUUCUCGAAUUUCUGCUAUAUACGUGGAAAGCAAGAGAAUUCUAUAA